AUGUCUGUCACACGGAAAUCGAAAGUGGAGGCGGUGCUCGAGUGGCUCGAAGAAAAUGCCUUUUGGAAUUCUGAGUUGCUUGAAGUGCGUGAAUCCAGUCUAGGCGGUACAGGCGUGUUUUGGAAAUUGGAAGAUGAUCUGGACCCAGACGACGACAGAUUGCUUCUUCGGAUCCCAAAGAGCAGUGUUUUAUCUCCCAAAAACUCUUACAUCUACUCCAUGCUAGUGGACUACGAGCCUUCUGAACCUACGAUCGACUUCAAGGAAGGUAUGCAUUCUAUUGUUCUUACGUUCAUUUACGAAUUGGCCUUGGGCGAAAAAUCUCCUUGGUUUGCAUACUUGGACUCAUUUGAGCUCAAUUCCAAGGUUGGUGCUCCCUUGUGUUUGUGGGAUGAGAAAGAAAAGCACGCCUUGUUCAAUACCGAGCCAGAUCUUUUGAAUAUGCUAGAUUCGACUGAGCUCAUUCAUUUUUACUUGGAGUGCGUCAGGUUUGCAAGAACAAACGAGAAGUACCUAAGGAUUCCUUCCGUUUUACUGUUAAAAGACAAAGAAAUGGAUGCAGAGAAGGUGGAGGGAAAAUAUCACAGCAAAUUGAUCCAGUUUGGAACGUAUGUGCAAGCUGUUAUUUCUCGGGCCUUCACAGUAGAUAGAUACUAUGGUCUUUCGCUUGUUCCCGGUGCCGAUUUAUUCAACCAUCUUUCUCCGAUUGUGGAAGGUGACAAUCUAGUUCCGAGAGAAAAUGUCCACUUUGUUUGCGAUGACGACGAAGGCCUUUGUGAAGAGUGUGGAGAAUAUGGUUGUGCUCACAUGGACUCGGAAUUGGACAGCGAAGACGACGGUAUGGAAGAUUUGGAAGAAAUAUCAGAUGAUGGCUCUGAGGAUGAAGAACAAGAAGAGAAUGAGAAUAUGGACGACUUGAUGGAGACAGACAUUGAGUUGCCAGAAUCGGAAACAGAAUCAGAAGAUUCUGAGGAUGAAGAGCUUGAAGGAAAUGAAGAAGAUGAAGGAGAGGAUGAACUUUCUAGUGAUGGCGAUAAUGAAUCUCAGUUAGAGCCAAUGACAAAAAUUACUUCCCAAGAUAUUAUGGAGGUGGAAGCUGAUUCGGAAGCAGAGACUGAACAAGACGACGAAGAAGUCUCUACUUUGUCUUUGAGUGAUGAUGAUGUGGAAGAUAAAAAACAAACUGAUCAAGAUGGUGACGCCAAUGGAAUUCAGAACAAUGAAAACCACGAAAGCUGGGACUACCAGGAACUUGCAAAAGAGCUUCUGGAUUCUUCCAAAUGUUGUGAUGUGGUCUUAACUAGUCCACCUUCGAAAGAUCACAAUUACGAGUUGUUCAACACUUAUGGCAACGACUUGUCGAAUGCCUAUCUUCUUCAAAGGUAUAGGUUUGUCUGUGAAGGCAACCCCAACACCACCUGCCUUUUGUCUGUGCCCAUGUUUGCGUAUUUAAAGAAAGAAAAAAUGAAUAAGCGUAAAAAAGCGCAAUUGGAAAUGAAAAUCAACUGGUACGAGGAGGUUGGAUUCGAAUUGGUCAACGAUCUAUGCCGGGAAGACUUUAACCAUGAACCCCACAAUGAUCACGAGUCUCACGAGGAUCAUGACUCUGAAGAAGAAAACUACUGUGACGAAGAUGAUUGUGAAGGCUGCGGAGAGGAAGAGACUUUCAAGGAGCCAGAAUCGUGGCAACUUUCCCCAAAAAUCGAAUAUGAAGGUACGCCUACGGACCAGACUGUGGCUCUUGUAAGAUUGUUGUUGAUGCCUUUCAAGGUUUUCUUCCAUAAAUUGGCACAGGCACCAAGCGAGAGAAGAUUGGCAAAAAGAGUGGACAAGUACUUGUUGAGUGGUGAGAUUCUGGAGGAAGAGAAUGAUCUUAUUGUUCUGUGGGUCCGUGCCAGAUUGGGAAGGUAUAAUGAAGACAAGUUAUCGGGCGAAAGAGGUAACAUGAUAGCCUUGAUAAAAGCUGAGGAAAAGGCUGUGCUCAAGAGAGCACUCGAAGUUCUUGGGGAAGGAAAUUAA